AUGCGUGAAGUUGUUGAACUUUUAGGGAAGGUUAAAGAUAAAGCUAUCUUGCAAGGACUGGGAUGGAGUCUGAGCUCUGAUGAAAGCAGCUCCGUUGAUGCAAGUAGUUCUGGGUCAGAAACAGACACUGAGUGUGCAUGGAUCUCUGACAAUGAACAUGACACCCUGCAGGGCUCUUCUUCUCAAAAUUCAUACCCAGAAAAUUGCAAUGAUGACCACACUCUAAAUUCAACAAGACAACAGUAGCCUGGCUACGAUAAAUCAAUGUCACAUUUUCCAAGGUCGAACCCUAAUCCUGAUAUUGCCUUCGAGAAGAACAGACCACUUGUUUCUCCAGUGCCAAAUAUGGAACAUCUUUUGCUGAUUCUUAGAGAAAAUGAAUUAAACUGGUUUGCACUAGUAGCCGAACUGAGAACUUUACUUCCAAACUACUCUGAAGAUACAUUGGCAUAUACACUGACAGAAUUUUCAGGCCAUUUAAGAAACAUGGAUUUGAUAGAAGAGGAGCAAAGGAAGGUAGAGCUGUCUAAACAAGUUUACCUUGAACAUGAAACGUACAGAGCAAUUCAUGAUGAAUCCAGAUUAGCAAUUGACAGUGAUUCUGAUAAUCCAGAUGAUUGA